CUAAAAGAAAAUAUGGAGCUAUUUGCUACAACCAAAUUUCAACCAUUUCUCCUAGUGAUGGUUUUGUUAGCUUCAUCAUAUUCACAGAAUAUAGAUGAUAAAUUUCUUCAAUGCCUAGUUAAAGAUUCAAAAGCCACAAAAUCAGAAUUUGUGUUCACCCAACAACACACAAAAUAUUCAUCUGUUCUUCAGUCAUCAACCAUAAACCUUAGAUUUUCUAAAACCCCUAAACCAUUAGCUAUCAUCACACCCUUAACAUAUUCCCACAUACAAUCAACAAUACUUUGUUCCAAAACUUUCAAAUUCCGAAUCCGAAUCCGAAGUGGUGGACAUGACUAUGCAGGCCUUUCCUACACUUCACAUGAUCAUAAUCAAUCCCCUUUUGUUGUUCUAGACCUUAAAGAACUGCGGUCCAUAACCAUCGAGUCGAAUAAUAACAACACUGCAUGGGUCGAAUCCGGUGCAACCCUUGGUGAAUUGUAUUACUGGGUGUCCAAACAAAGUAAAAAUCUUGGAUUCCCAGCUGGGGUUUGUCCAACUGUAGGGAUAGGUGGACACAUAAGUGGAGGUGGGUUUGGUGUUAUGAUAAGAAAGUACGGUCUAGCGGCUGAUAACAUUGUCGAUGCGAGAAUUAUCGAUGUGAACGGGUGGGUUCUUGAUCGAAAAUCAAUGGGAGAAGAUCUGUUUUGGGCUAUUAGAGGUGGUGGAGGUGGAAGCUUUGGUGUUGUAGUAGCUUGGAAGGUGAAUCUUGUGCAUGUUCCUGAUAAAGUUACAGUUUUUACUCUUUCAAAGACUUUAGAACAAGGUGGUUCAAAUCUUUUUAACAAGUGGCAGUAUGUAGGACAUAGCUUAAGUCAAGAUUUGUUUAUUAGAGUCUUGAUACAGCCUGUUUUAGUUGAGAAUGGGAAAAGAACAAUUCAAGUUGUAUUCAACUCUAUGUAUCUUGGUACGGUUGAUCGCCUUAUAAAAAUCGCAACCCAUAGCUUCCCUGAGUUGGGUUUACAAGAAAAAGAUUGUAGAGAAAUGAGCUGGAUCGAAUCGGUAAUGUAUUUUUCGGGUUAUUAUGGAGAAAGCAUGGAUGUGCUUAAAGAUAGAAAACCCGAGCCAAGAAGCUACUUUAACGCUAAAUCGGAUUAUGUGAAAGAACCGAUACCCAAAGAAAGGUUGGGAGAGUUAUGGAAAUGGUGUUUGGAGGGGGACAACCCGAUUCUAAUAAUGGAACCGCAUGGUGGAAGGAUGGAUGAGAUCGAAGAAACGAGUACUCCCUACCCUCAUAGAAAAGGGUAUUUGUAUAACAUACAAUAUUAUGAGAAGUGGGAUGAUGGAAGCAAUGAAUCAUUACAAAAGCAUGUAAGUUGGAUGAGAAUGAUGUAUGAGAAUAUGACACCAUAUGUGUCGAAGAAUCCGAGGGGGGCUUAUGUGAACUACAGGGAUUUGGAUUUGGGUUUGAAUGAUAAUGCGGAUAACACAAGUUACUUGAAAGCGAUGCAGUGGGGAAACAAGUAUUUUAGGGACAAUUUUAGGAGGUUGGCAAUGGUGAAGGGGAUGGUUGAUCCACAUAAUUUCUUUCAUUUUGAGCAGAGUAUUCCACCUCUAGUUAUGAGUAAAGGAAACAAUUAUAUUGAAUCUUACACAAGCUCUCAAGGUUCUUGUGAAAUUCGGAUCGUUAGUUGUUUUGUGGUGUUGUUUUUGUUAAUAACUUUCUUCUUGAAGUAAUGAAGGAUGUUUGUUUGAUGUGCAU